UGGGCGGCGGAGCGCGGCGCGGAGCGGCCGCCACGGGGGCUGCUGCGGCGCUUGGGGCUGGUGCUACGGCUGGGCGUCCGCGCCUGCGGGCUCCUGCUGCGCUUCGGGCCGCUGCUCCUGCUCUACCCGCUGAGCCGCCUGUGGCCCGGCAUGGGAGCGCGGUGGCUGCGGCUGCUGCGCAGGGCGGCCGAGGCCGCCGGCCCCACGUGUAUCAAGCUGGGCCAGUGGGCCAGCACCCGCAGGGACCUCUUCUCCGAGGCCUUCUGUGAUGAGUUUUCCAAGCUGCACGUCGAGGUGAGCCCGCACCCRUGGGGCCACACCGACGAGCUCUUGAGGAAGGCCUUCGGUGAGGACUGGAUGGGCAUCCUCAAGUUCCAGAGCCGGGAGCCGGUCGGCUCGGGCUGCGUUGCCCAGGUGUAUAAAGCCUAUGCUGACCUCGCUGCUAUUGCCGGCUCCCGGGCCAAGGAGCUGGAGCAACACUCGGAGUUCAGGUCCGCCUUUGAAGCGUGGGAAGUGUCAGGCUUUAGAGGCCUCCUCGGGUGGCUGAGAAGGAGGAAGAGCAAGGAUGAGAGGAGCAGGGAGGAACUGAGUUCUGCAGGCUGCUCCCARGGAAGUCCCGUGAGUAGGAUGUCCCUUAUGGAGCAGACGGCCAAGCCACUCCCGAAUGCAAAMCCUUCAUCAGCCAGACAUCUCAUGCCUGUAGCCAUUAAAGUCCUGCACCCUGGGCUGGUGCACCAAGUGCAGAUGGAUCUGUUCCUCAUGAAGAUGGGCAGCCGCAUCMUUGGACUUCUCCCUGGGUUCAAGUGGCUCAGUUUGACAGAGAUUGUGGAGGAGUUUGAGAAGCUUAUGAUGCAGCAGAUCGACUUACGCUAYGAAGCCAGAAAUCUGGAGCGCUUCCGACAAAAUUUCCUAGAUGUCGAUUUUGUGAAGUUUCCAACUCCCCUUUGGCCCUUGGUAACAGCAGAUGUUCUAGUGGAAACAUUUGAGGAGAGCGAGCCCAUUUCGCGYUACCUGCACGUGGAGAUUGGCACAGAGCUGCGGCAGAGACUUGCCAAGAUGGGCAUGGACAUGCUGCUAAAGAUGAUCUUCGUCGACAACUUCGUCCACGCCGACCUUCACCCGGGGAACAUCCUGGUUCAAGGCACGGCCGGCCGGGGCAGUGUCUCCCGGGAGCAGGUGGCAGUGCUGGACCUGUGUGACACCCUGGUGCUGGAGCUGCAGCCACCCCCAAGGCAGCUGUGCCUGGUGCUGCUGGACGCCGGCAUCGUGGCCGAGCUGCAGAGUGCUGACCUGCAGAACUUCCGCGCUGUCUUCACYGCCGUGGUGCAGGGACAGGGGGAGAGGGUGGCAGAGCUGAUCCUCCACCACGCCCGUGCCAACCAGUGCCAGGACAUUGAGCGCUUCAAGGCUGAGAUGGCAGAACUUGUGGCCAAAGUCCGGGGGAACACCAUUGCCUUGGGAAAGCUUCAGGUGGGGAAUCUCCUCUCCAGUGUCUUCAAGCUAUUGAUGACCCAUAAGGUGAAGCUCGAGAGCAACUUUGCUUCCAUCAUCUUUGCCAUCAUGGUUCUGGAAGGACUYGGACGGUCACUGGACCCUGAACUGGACAUCCUGGAGGCAGCUAAGCCACUGCUCAUCAAAACUGCAGCUUCUGCCCUCAAAUAG